CGCAGCCCCCGGGGUCCGAGUCACUCCACCCGCCGUAUGCGCUUGAAGGAGCGCCUGCGGGCUGAACCCGUCGGCAUCCGGUCUCGGUGUGGGUGUCUUGGCGGUGGCGAGCGGGAUUCUCCGCGGGAUCCGCCUUUGUCUCUUCGCGCUCUCUUAGCUGUUUCAGUCUAACAUGGCAUCAAAGAUUGCAUCUAUGGCCUCACAAGAAUCCAGUGGUGAUCAGAAAAAAAGAGAAACUAUUCGUUCCUUGACUAUGUGUGGCCAUGUUGGAUUUGAGAGUUUGCCUGAUCAGCUUGUCAGUAGAUCCAUUCAGCAAGGCUUCUGCUUCAACAUUCUUUGUGUAGGAGAAACUGGAAUUGGAAAGUCAACACUGAUUAAUACAUUGUUUAAUACUAAUUUUGAAGAACAUGAAUGCUCACAUUUUUGCCCAGAUGUUAAACUUAAAGCUCAGACAUAUGAACUCCAGGAGAGUAAUGUUCGGUUAAAAUUGACCAUUGUGAAUACAGUGGGAUUUGGUGACCAAAUAAAUAAAGAAGAAAGCUACCAACCCAUCGUUGACUACAUAAAUGCUCAGUUUGAGGCCUAUCUCCAAGAAGAAUUGAAGAUCAAGCGCUCUCUCUUCAACUACCAUGACUCUCGCAUCCACGUAUGCCUCUACUUCAUCACCCCCACAGGCCACUCUCUGAAGACACUUGACCUCUUAACCAUGAAGAACCUGGACAGCAAGGUGAACAUUAUACCAGUGAUUGCCAAAGCAGAUACAAUUUCUAAAGCUGAAUUACAGAAGUUUAAGGUGAAGCUCAUGAGUGAGUUAAUCAAUAAUGGUGUCCAGAUAUACCAGUUCCCAACAGAUGAUGAGACCAUUGCCAAAAUCAGUGCUGCAAUGAAUGAACAUUUGCCGUUUGCUGUUGUGGGAAGUAUGGAUGAGGUAAAAGUUGGAAAUAAGAUGGUCAAAGCUCGCCAGUACCCUUGGGGUAUUGUACAAGUGGAGAAUGAAAAUCACUGUGACUUUGUGAAGCUGCGGGAAAUGCUCAUCUGCAUGAACAUGGAGGACCUAAGGGAGCAGACGCACACCAGGCACUAUGAGCUGUAUCGGCGUCGCAAACUGGAGGAAAUGGGCUUUAUAGAUGUGGGCCCAGAAAAUAAGCCCAUCAGUCUUCAAGAGACCUAUGAAGCCAAAAGGCAUGAAUUCCAUGGUGAACGUCAGAGGAAGGAAGAAGAAAUGAAGCAGAUGUUUGUACAGCGAGUAAAGGAGAAAGAAGCUAUAUUGAAAGAAGCUGAAAGAGAGGCAAGUGUGGCACUUUGAUGUGAUUCGCAUUUA